AUGCAGUCGACCUGCCAGCAACAGCAACCGCAGCCGCAAAACGCAACCUCAGCCAGCAGGACGUCAUUCCUUAUCGAGGACAUCCUCAGUCGGAGCACCGCGCCUCGUCACUCUCAGCAUCAGCUUCAUCACCACCUGACUCCAUCUCACAAUCACCAGCAGCAACAGUACCAGCAAUUCGCCAGUUUGCUCCCAGGAUAUCCUGCGGCCCCACCGGCCGCGGCCUUCUUCCUGGGACCGCUCUUCGGCAGCGCCGGAAUGGGCGUCGGCGUCGGCGUCGUUCCUGGAGUCAGCGAGCUCGCGGCUCUCAAGCACUGUCGACGCCGCAAGGCCAGGACUGUAUUUAGCGAUCAGCAAUUGGCCGGCUUGGAGGCGAGGUUCGAGGCUCAGAGGUACUUGAGUACUCCCGAAAGGGUUGAACUUGCAGCGGCCUUACACCUUUCCGAGACUCAAGUGAAAACCUGGUUCCAAAACCGACGAAUGAAGCACAAGAAGCAGCUUAGAAAGCUCAACACGAGUACCGGCAACAGCACGAGUCAGGGCGCGAGUCAACAACAAUGUACCAAUCAAUCCGUCUCUGCAACAUCCUCGGCAGAACGGCCGGUAGAUUUUUCAUUGAGCGGCGGUCGAGAGUCCCGAGCCAGCAGCGACGCCCCUGCCGACUCGGAGGAGGACGAAAUCGACGUUCUGGGGGACGAAACUCCGUCACCUGGUCAGGUUCUACACCUGACUAGACGAGGAUCCCCACCUGGCGUCUUCCUACAUCCUUCGCAUCCACAUCCUGUGGGCCUGACGCAUCAGCAGCAUCACGUACCCCAGACCUUACGACAGCAUCGCUGA